GUCGCUCACAGCGCUCCCUUCAAAAUCUUGUCCUCGCCGCAAAUUCCAUCUCGUGCAAAAGCCAGGCCCAACCUUCAAAAGAUCAUUCUUUACAAAUAUGACUCUCGCUGUCGACCUUCUCAACCCUUCUGCUGAGCACGAGAAGAGGUCUCACAAGCUCAAGAGACUUGUACAGAGCCCGAACUCGUACUUCAUGGACGUCAAGUGCCCAGGUUGCUUCGCCAUCACGACUGUCUUCUCACAUGCUCAAACUGUCGUUAUCUGCGGUGCAUGCGCUAGUGUUUUGUGCCAGCCAACUGGUGGUAAAGCGAGACUGACCGAGGGGAGCUCAUACCGCCGGAAGAACUAAACAUCCUUCUUGCUAUAUAUCUACCUUAUCUGCAUCCGCACUUCGGUCGCUAGCAUACACCGCCAUCACCCUUACACACGCUCUUCGCAUCGCUUUCAGUUCAUGCCCUCAUAUCCCGUGAAAUGCUGUUCUAGUUGGAGCUAGCCGCCCGCUUGAGUCGCCCACUUUACAUUUCUCUCAAAAUUCGCUAUGUUGUAACCCCUAGGUCAUCAAAGUAUCACG